CACGAAACACGCACGCGGACGAAAUACUUCAACAUGAGAGAGGAAUUCUAGAUACUUUGGACAAAUGUUUUGUAAGUAUCUUUUGCAAACUAAAUGUCGACCGCUCAAAGAAUUUCAUCUAUUCUCUCUUUUUUCCAUCGAAUUGUAUGUUAAAAUUAUUCAGCUUUUUAGUCUGAACUGAAAAUUGGCCGAGUACGGUUUUUUUGCGCCUCGAUCUCAGGCAUUUUUUUUUUUUACCGUGGUGCAUGGGAACUUUUAUAAUAAUAUUUGUGUUGUUUUGAGAAAACACCCUUUCCCUCCCACCCCACCCCAACGAGUAUAAUGCUUUGGUUUUUUUGUCUUCACCCUCUCAGUUGAGAUAAACCCCCUUCCCCCCCCCCCCCCCUUCACUUCCACUCAGUACCUCGAAAAAUACUAUCUCAACUCCAUUCAGUCCUUUGAAACCUCUGGCUUUAAAAUAUUGUCUGCUCCUAACCCCUUAACCCCUACAUGUGACUGGCUUCCAAUUUCUCCUUACAUUAUCUUCCUUGAAGCAAACGUAAAGGUCAAGAGAGUCAAGGAAAUGAUCACAAAUUUAAGAAACUCCUGAUUGUCAAACAGAUUUUCAUUAAAUUUUUCCUACCAUAGGAAAUGUAAAGAGAACAGUGUGACUGACUUCUAAUUUGACCCCUUACACUAUCUUCCUUGAAGCAAAUUUAAAAGUGACAAGAAUAAAGAAAAUGAUCACCAAUUUAAAGAGCUCCCAAUCAUCAAACACAUUCUGUCUGUACCAUAGGAAAUGUAAAGAGAACAGUGUGAAGAGAACAGUGUGACUGGCUUCUAAUUUCUCCUUACAUCAUCUUCCCAGAAGCAGAUGUAAAGGUUGUGAGAAUAAAGGAAAUGAUAACCUAGUGAAGAAGCUCCUGAUUGUCAAACAAAUUCUCUUUGUCAGUACCAUAAGAAAUGUGAAGAGAUCAGUUUGGGGAAUAUGAAUACUUAUGUUAGGGUGAAAAGGAGCCAUAGGUUGAGGUUCGUGAUAAUAAACUAGUGUAACCAUGUCUGAUAGCAUAAUUGUUUUUCUUUUCAUUUUCUUAGGUUCUUCUGUUGUGGUUAAUGAGCUGCUCUCCAUAAUCAAGUUGAGACAAAAAGGGUCAUAUUAUGAACCAAUUUAAUUCAAUGGGUUUUAUGAGAAAAUUUCUUGUGCAAGUUAGACUUGUAGGACUUUUCAAGAAUUGCUGUUCAUCAUUGCCUUUUAUACAAGCCAGGGGUUUAACAAAAAGUGUUCUUGCAUCACCUGUUAAACCACAACAAAACUGGAUCAGGUGUAAAAGGAUAAGCCUUGGCUUACCAUCAGUCCUAUGCGCUUUCAAGUCUGUUUCUGUGAAGACCCUGGCUAAGGAUAUUUCAGCUGUCAAGUCUGCCAGUGAAUAUCUUUACUUGUAUGACAGAUUUAAGGACUCACCUGCUAUGACUCAAAUGAAUCGCAUAACAAUUCUGCAUCAUUUAGCCAAGGUGGCUGCCAGUGGACCAAAGAAGAACUUCUUCUCUACAAGAAAAGUUCUGAAUGAUGAAAUGGAAAUUUUUAUCACCUUGUUGAACAAUAUUGGAAAUGAUCUUGAGACAUGCAAGACUCGUGAUCUUGCGACUAUUGUAUGGUCAUUAGGAAAACUAAGGGAGCAUGAUGCAUGGUUUGUUACAGAAUGUGAGAAUGAAAUACUUCGGCGAGAUCAGACCUCAUUUCGGACACCAGCUGUGUGUAAGAUUCUUAUUGGUUUUGCUUCACUUGACUUGAAAAGAUCCAAGUUCUUCGGAAUCGUUGAACAAAGAAUUCUGGAUGGGCAGCUUAAGAUGGCGAAAUUUGAAAAUCGUGGACUGGCUGGUGUUCUGUGGUCUUUUACUAAAACUGGAAAUGAGAGUAAAGAACUAUUAGAAAAGUUCCAAGAAGAGAUUUUGUUGAGAGGUGUGAGAGAAUUUAGCAAUGACCAGCUUGCUCAGUUUUUAUGGUCAUUCACCCAGAAAGGAAUUGUACCAUGUGAUAAACUGUUUUCAAUUACAGAAGAGGAAAUUUUGCAAAGACCAGUUAGAGAUCUCAGUGCUCAUUGCCUCAAGAUGCUGUUAUGGUCCUUUGCAAGAGCUGGAUUUGAAGGGAGAGAAGGGCAUGAUCUUUUUGCUAGUUUAAGUCCUGAAAUAAUACGGAGAGGUGUUCAUGAUUUUGAUGCAGAUGAUCUCUCGAUGUUAGCAUGGGCAUUUGCCAAAAGGUGCCCAGAUGCCCUAGAGAUCUUUGAUGUGAUAGAAGAAGAACUCUACUUAAGAGGUUUUGCAGAGUUAGGAAACCAAGAAUUGUCACAUCUUUUAUGGUCAUUUGCAAUGUCUGGUCAUACAAGUACUGAGCUUUUUCUUAACAGCCAAAAGGUAUUGAUUUCAAGGGAUUUAAGUAUGCUAAAAGCUGAGCAGUUUACUCAGUUAGUUUGGGCAUUUGGAAAAUCAACACUUUUAAGAUCAGAAUUUUUAACAAAGGCAGUGAGUGACAUGUUAUCACAUGCUACUGUUUACUCUGAUGAGGAACUGUGUAUGAUAUUAAAUGGAUGUGUUCAGGUAUCAGUAGAUAUCCAAGAGCCUCUUAAGCAGUUGAAAAGAGAAGUUUUGGAUAGAAACAUGCCUCAAAAUAAACCUGAGCUCAUUCCUCAAUUGGCCUCAGGUUUCUCUACAUGUAGCUAUGAAGCAGCAUCAGUAUUUGAUGCGAUAGAGAAAUCACUGCUCACUAACAGCCUUUCUAUGUAUACAGAGCAAGAACUGCAAGGUUUAAGUAUGGCUUUUUCUAUAAUGGAUAGAGAAUUUCCCAAAGUAAAGCAAAAACUAUAG